AUUUAGUGACCCUGAAUCCCGGAGAGCGGAGGCAACCCCUCGACAGUUCACACUUGCCUUGGCCUUGACAGUUGCCACUUGACUUACUCCAUAGAUUCUUCUCUUUCUAUUAUUCCAUUUUACUUUUCAUUAGAUACAAUUUCAGAAAAUCUACACAUUUCCGCACGCAUUUGGUGGGCAGGGGAGCUAGAGAAUGGGCGAGCACCUGGGAGAAAUGAAGGGGAAGUACCCUUCAAGUGAUGGGAAUGGGGAAGGGGGUGGUGGUGUUAGCUGUAGCAUUAAUCACAACAGAAAAUGCAGAGAUGUGGUGUUUCUGGUCAUCUUCAUUGCCUUCUGGAUUUCUAUGAUUGUGAAUUCUAGCUUUGGGUUCAACCGAGGAAACCCAUUAAGGUUAACAUAUGGCCUGGAUUAUAAAGGCAACACAUGCGGUGACCAACAUGCAGACCCUAACCUUCAUCACUUGGAACUAAGAUAUUGGGUGAAUCCCAAUGAGGUUUAUCAAAGCGGUUUGAAGCAUGGUGAAGUUAGCCUUCCGAACGCACGAAGUAUUUGCUUGUCAGGCUGCCCUACUCCAUCGGAUGAAUCUCUAAAUUGGGUCUGUGAUUAUCCUGAGGGUGACAUUCAUCUCUCAGUCAAAGAUUGGAUUCAUAGGAACUAUGAUUAUUUUACUGACCUUUCUCCUGAUUUGAGAAACAAUUCCCUUCAGCUUUUGGGUCCUUGUUACCCUGUCUUAUUUCCUAGUCUUAAUGUUUAUUGGAGCUGCCAAUUUAUUUCUAGUCCAUCUAAUGUGUCUUUGAAACAUUGGAGGGAAAUGGGAGGAGCAAACAUUGUUGUGGAUGGUGAUAUGGACAAAUCUAUACACAACUCUAUCAACUCACGAUCAUCAGUCUUUAAGAGAUAUGUUGCUGAUGUUGAGAAAUCAUGGCCUGUCUUGAUUGUAUGUGGUGGAAUUGUGCCAGUAUUCCUUUCAGUUAUUUGGCUUUUAAUGAUUCGCUACUUCGUUACUGCCAUGCCAUGGAUUACGGUUGUCCUGUUUAAUUGCCUUAUCAUAUCAGUAGGAAUGUUCUACUACUCAAAAGCUGGAUGGAUUGGGAACAGUGCAAUAUCCCCCAUCAUUGGUGAACAUGACCCGUAUUAUAAUGUGCCUGCAAGGGAGUUGAGCCAUCUCUAUGCCACCAAUGUUUUCAUGACCAUUAUCAUGGUUAUUGCAUUCCUAUCAUCCAUUGCUAUAGUGCGACGCAUCCUCAUGGCAACAUCUGUUCUCAAGGUUGCUGCCAAAGUGAUUGGAGAAGUGAGGGAACUAAUAGUUUUUCCCAUAAUUCCAUUUGCCAUCCUCGGGAUCUUUUACAUACUGUGGUUUGCAGCAGCAUUCUAUCUUUUCAGUUCUGGACAUGUUAUUCAGAAUGAUUGCAGCAACAACUGUUGUUCUUAUGAUCUUAAAGCAAAACAAGUGAAGUGUGAUCAUUGUUGUGGCUUUAGUGUAAAAUAUACCCCUUAUAUUGCAGUGGCUAUUCUUUUCCACUUGUUAGGUGGUUAUUGGGCUACACAGUUUAUUGUGGCAUGCUCCUCAACCAUCAUUGCUGGCUCUGUUGCUUCUUAUUAUUGGGGUCGAGAUGCAGUGUCGCCUGAUAUUCCAUUUUUCUCAGUCAUUUCCUCAAUGAAACGGCUUAUGCGUUACCACAUUGGGUCUGUUGCCCUUGGUUCUCUAGUUGUUUCUUUCACAGAGUCUAUCCGUUUCAUACUCGAAGUGCUUCGUCGCAAAUUUAAAGCAACUAAUUCCACACAAGAAAGUUGGGGGGACAAGAUGGUUUUUAACACCUCAAGGGGUUGCUCGAAAUGUAUUAGCUGGAUUAUCAAAUCUGUGAACCAUAAUGCUUAUAUUAUGAUAGCUAUUACAGGAGAAAGCUUCUUCAAAGCUUCAGAGGCUGCAACAGAACUGAUUAUCAGUAAUAUCCUCAGAAUAGGAAAGGUCAAUGUUAUUGGUGAUGUCAUCCUUAUUCUCGGGAAGCUAUGCAUCAGUCUUGCAUGCACGCUAUUUGCUUUUCUGAUGUUGAAUAGUCACAAGUACAACUCUGGAUACAACAAGAUCUCAUCCCCACUGUUUCCAGUUCUGGUAUGCUGGGGGCUUGGAUAUAUUGUUGCAACCCUUUUCUUUGUAGUGGUGCAGAUGUCGAUUGAUACCAUGAUCCUUUCAUUUUGCCAAGACACUAGAGUAAAUGGAACUGACCACUACACACCACCAGCCCUACUGGCUGAGGCUUUGAUGAGUGACCAUAAUGAGAUAUAAAGGCACUUUCCACAAUCAUCCCCUAACCUCACAUAUACAAGCUUCCUCUAGUAGUCUAGCUUCAUACUUUUUUGUUGUGAUGUCUAUCUCUAGAGUUUUUUUGCCCUUCGUCUUUAGUGUCAUUCUCACACUUUUGAUAAUCGACCACAAUGUAUAUAGUUUCAGGUAUGUCUAUGCCUAUAUCUAUAUCUAUAAUGUAAUAAGUUCCAAUUCAUAUCGUUGUGGAUGUAUACUACACCUUAAUGCAUAUUUCACAUACUUGUGAAUUGUGGUGAGCAUCACCAUUCUAUAGGGUCGGGGUGUGGCCUCGGAGCGAGGGAUUUUGUCUUUUGUGCCAUGUAAAAUGUGAUGAGGAUUUAUUUACUUUAGUAAAGACAUUAUAGUGUACUGAUGAUUUGAAUUCUUACCUAGGUUGUUUGUGUUUUCUGAA